UAAAUUUUCUGCUGGUUUACGGCACUUCCAAGUGUUUGCAGUUCUCGCUCGACUAUCGGGUUAGCGUUGUUUAUUUGCUUGUUUUAGCAACAAAACUUUUAGCAAAAAAAACUACGAUUGUUGGGACAAUUAGAGCAAAUAGAAAAGAGCUACCAAGACUGGCAAAACUGAAAAACGACGACAUGGCACUUUUCUCAACCAAACUCUAUCGCUCAAAUAAUUGUAUGUUGACAAUUUACAAAGCCAAACCAAGAAAGAAAGUUCUAAUUCUCAGUUCAAUGCACAACUCCGUACAAGUUGAAGAAAAUGACACCCGAACACCGGAGACAAUUCAAUUGUAUAAUAGCACCAAAUUUGGCGUAGAUGUGACCGAGCAAAUGGCCAGAAAUUAUUCGGUAAAAUCUAAAUCUCGGAGAUGGCCUUUGCAAGUAUUUUUUAAUAUCUUGGAUUUAGUCGGGAUAAAUGCAUGGGUGUUAUAUAAAGAAACUACGGGAGAAGAAAUUACAAGACAGGAAUUUCUAUUCCAAUUGGCAGAAGAACUUGCCAUCGCAUACCAACAAAAGCUCGGCAAAGAAAAUCAACCAAUACCUAUCGCAAGUACAAAUACAGGUUCCCGUGAACGGAAAACAUGCCAGAUAAGGUAUUGUACAGAUAAUAAGACGAAUAAAGUCUGUCUAAAAUGUAAAAAGUACGUAUGCGGAAAAUGAACAGUUGACAAGCCCAUUUGCAAAAAAUGCGAUGAAAAAGAAUAAAAUGUAGAUUAUGUACUCUUGAAUAAAAAAAAAUAUAUUUUUAUACUGGUAAACUGGCUAUUGGUCUGCAUUCAAUAUUGAAAAAUAUAAGUUGUGAAAGACCGGUCAUUUGACCGGCCGCGGUAGGAAUAGGUAUACGUGAAGUGUCGGUAGGAAUAG